AUGGAUUUUGAAAAUCAGGAUAACCUCUUCCAUCUCGAUAUAGAGCAUUCUCACAUAAAUCAAGAUUAUGAUCUAUAUGACCCAAGUAAAAACACUUCAAACGAUAUCAUCAUGUUAAACACAAAAGAUCAUUCCUCCGGUUCGUCAUCAGUAUCUUUAUCAUCGAGUGUACAAAGUUUUCGCACAGAAACCACUUUUAGUUUCAUGGAUAUGACACCACCAUCAGCAUCAACCCAAUCAUUAAAUCUCACUUUUCAGGAUGAAACUUCACCCAUUGAUCAACUCUUGUCGAUUUUUAACUCGGGAAAUGAUGCAUACGAAGAUGACGAGAAAAUAGUUGAGAAAGUAGAACAUUGGCUAAAUGAAACCCUACAUGAUCCCGAACAUUUAUUUAAUCAAGUUUACGAUCAACGGGACGAUUUAAAAUAUUCUUCAUUACUAGCAUUUCUUUAUUAUUGGGGGAUCGGGACAAAAGUUAAUCGUGAAGAGACCUUUCACUGGUAUUUAAAAGCCGCUGAAUCAGGAAAAGAUUUUUUAGCUCAAAAUCAGGUAGCUUGGUGCUAUCAAAUGGGAAUUGGUACUGAAAAAAAUUUGACUAAAGCAUUUUAUUGGUAUAAACAAUCAGCUACUAACGGUCAUGCUGGAGGACAAAGUAAUCUCGGUAAUUGUUUUUGCGAGGGAAUUGGAACUCCGGUGCAAAAAAACAUCGCAUUAUCUUGGUAUUUAAAGUCGGCGAAAG